GCAGAGCGGUGCUGUUUGUCCGGUCGGGAAAAUGCGGCUCCCAGGUGUCUUGCUGCUGCUGCUCCUCACCUGCCAGCUCGCCACGCCGACGCCGAUUUUCGACAGAGAUGGAAGAGGUUCUCAUGGCCGAUCAGCUGGAUUCGGGGAGUCAAUACGAGAUUGGUUCAAAGUACUCAAGGACCGAAUCGUGGGCAAGUGGAAAGAGUGGUUCGGCGACGACGGUCCAACCCCGAGUUUAUCACCGCAGGACUUUUUGAACAUCGACAAGAGCAUAGGGGGUCGAAUACCGGGUUAUCCAGGAUUGUUCAUAGAUUUGUCCAAUCUAUCCUUUGACGAAAAACGAGAUUGGGGCGUCCGGAUUGGUAAAUGGUACAUCAUCCGGAAAGUUACAGAAAGUGACUACGACGGCGAUUCGGACGACUGGGACAUGAGACCCCUGCUACCGGGUCUGCCCUCCCUACCACCCAUAUUCGGGAACGGUUGGACGCCCGACUUCCGCAAGUUCGGACCUCCCCCGACUACGCAAUCCCCAACGACCACGCCGAGGAUUGAACCGACUACAGCGAGACGACAGACGACCCAAACUGUUGCUACUACGCAAUCCCCAACGACUACGCCGAGGAUUGAGCCGACUACUUCGAGACAACAGACGAUCCAAACUACGACGCAAUCAGCCUCGACUCCUACCGAACCGGUCGCAACCACCGUCGGGGCAACUACCGCAACUUUUACCGACUCGACUCCACUUACUACCCAGAUGACUACUACUUCCGAUGUGGUAGAGCCGAGUGCGAUGUCGAGCGAAGAGGUUCUGACUUCCCGUGAAUCUGUUGUGACGAACAGUGGACCGGUUGUACCUAACGAAUCUACGUUAGCAACAUUCACCGAGUCUACUGUGAUUCCCGUCGAAUCGACAUCAUCAACUGAGCCGACCUUGACUUCUGAAACGAUCGAAACAUCUAUCGAAUCUACGGUAAUCACUACCGAGGCAAUCGUGACUUCCACUGAUGAAUUAACUACUAAUACUGCUACUAAUAUUGAAUCACUCGAGUCCAACGAACUAGAUUUACCUAGCUUCAACAAGCGAGUAGAAGAGAACGAGACCUUCGAAAGACGUACCACGAAGAAGCCUCGCCCAGCAUCUGCCGAAGUCAUCAUGUUUUAAAAAGAAGUUGCAUAUUAGCCGAAAAUUCAGGCGUAUGUCUUGAUUCAUCUUCCUAAUAAAAUCUUAAAGUACAUCUCGAUUGUAAAUAUACGUUUAUUAGAUUCGAAAAAUAUUAAUAAGCUGAAAUUAGAUCAAAUAAAUCGGCAAAGAAUAAUUGAAAAUUUAUUUGCAUGUUUUAAUACAUUUCUAUAAACAUACUUAGUAAAAGGUAAUACUGAAAAUUUCGUAAAAAAAUAGUCAUUCUAUGUGGAUAACUUGAAAUUUGGAACGGAAUCUUGUGAAAUAAUAGCGCAUCGACCAAGUACAAUGUAAUUUUUUUAACGAGGACCGUCACGAGAUGUCAAGAGAAAUACGACAAACGCGUUUUCAUCAAGAAGAAUACGUUUAUUCCGUAAAAUUUAUUAUAAUUACAGCGCUAGUCCAUAGUAAAAUAUAAUAACUUUUACGUCGAUGACCGUGGUCUUCAAGAUGGCUUCUUUUACUGUAAUAAAGAAAAAGAAAUUUUGUGGAUAUAUUAAAAAUGAUACUUCUUUCCUUACUUAAAAUCAACUGCUUAGCAUGCACAUAACAAAUUGUUAUAGAAACACGAUAGCACAUACACAAACACGUAUUUGGAAUUAAUAAAAGCAUCAUCUCUUUCAAGCUUAUCGAGUAUAAAAAGUAUAUGCACUGAUGAUAAUUUCGAUGUAAUUUUACACUCAAAUAUUUUCAAAAUUACUUAGACGUUAGCAAUUUUCGUGCACAUCCAUUGUUACGCUGAAUUUUACACAGAAUGCAUAUGUAACACAGAAUAAAUUCUAAAAUAAAAUAAAAUUGUUUGUUA